AUGGCGGUUCCGGUGCUUGGUGGGUUCCCGAUCUUCUUGGUAGUGAGGAUUCUGGGUUUUAUCAUUGCGGGUUUGGUUUUGACAUGGACUGUUCACUUCAGAGGUGGAUUAGCUCUUGCUUCCGAUAACAAAGAUCUCAUCUUUAAUGUUCAUCCAGUUUUGAUGGUGAUUGGACUCAUACUCUUCAAUGGAGAAGCAAUGUUGGCAUAUAAGUCUGUUCAAGGUACAAAGAACUUGAAGAAAUUGGUUCAUCUUACGCUACAAUUCACAGCUUUGAUCCUAAGCUUAAUCGGAGUAUGGUUUGCUCUUAAGUUCCAUAUCGACAAAGGGAUCGAGAACUUCUACAGUCUCCAUUCAUGGCUCGGCUUAGCUUGUCUCUUUCUCUUCGCUUUCCAGUGGGCUGCAGGGUUUGUGACUUAUUGGUACCCAGGCGGUUCGAGAAACAGCCGAACCAACUUGAUGCCAUGGCAUGUGUUCUUAGGGAUUUACAUCUAUGGAUUGGCCAUAAUGACUGCUACCACAGGGAUACUUGAGAAGGUGACGUUCUUGCAAGUGAAUCAGGUGAUAACUCGGUAUUCCACAGAGGCAAUGUUAGUUAACUCGAUGGGAAUUCUGAUUCUUGUUCUUGGCGGUUUUGUGGUACUCGGUGUGGUUACGCCAGUAACCGGCAAAGAUCAAGUCCUUAAACAAUAG